UAAAAUCAAAGUAAAUUAAACAAUAAACAUAAAACUCACAAAAGUUCCAAAGGAAUAGAGACGUUUAAAAUGUCAUAUAUCUCUGACAACGGCACCAUGAAAUGCCUUCAGCACAAGCUCAGCUAUUCACACAAAGAUAUGCGUGUGCAAUGAUUACAUUUGGAACAUUUUCACGCUGUGAGAAAUUGUACAACACGACAUCACAAUACAAGCAUAACGAUUGGGAAUUAUUUCACGCUGGGAAGAUUUUUACAUGACAGUGCUUGCAGAGCUGCCUCAACCUCAGAAUCUGACUCUGCUCACCCUGAACACACAGUAUGUACUGACGUGGGACUGGGACCAGACGACCACAGGCAACUCUGUUACCUUCACUGUAGAGUACAUGGCGAAGUACAAGAUGAAGAUUAAGAUUCAGAACUGGAGCCGUGUGUGUGAAAGGACCACACGCACCCGCUGUGACCUCACAGGUUCUAAUCUGCGCUACCUGGGCGCGUACGUGCUCCGAGUCCAAGCCAGCGCAGGCGGAGUCAACUCGGACUGGGUCAACAAAGACUUCUGUCCUGAUAAAAACGCUUCGUUGGGCCCACCGUCCAGGGUGGAGAUGGCUCCUGUGGGGAACCUGCUGGACGUGACCAUCUCUGACCCCGUGACCAGCACCCAGCACUCCAUGAAGGAACACGUCCUCUACCUGUACUACCGCAUCCUGUACUGGAGCCGCUCUGAUGACCCUCAGGGUCUGAAGCCUAAAGUGUUGGACUCUAGCAACAACCUGGUGACGCUGCCUGAGCUGGAGGCCUGGACGUGGUACUGUGUCAUGAUCCAGUCUCGCUACGACUACUACAACAAGACUAGCAGCUACACAGAACCCCAGUGCAUGCAGACGGGGGGUGACACCCCGUACUGGCAGAUCUUCCUGUACUUCCUGGUCUCCAUGAUGGUGUGUUUCCUGCUCGUGUUGCUUCCCUCCUACGCCUUCUUCAGGUUCUACAGAGUCCUCAAAAACACCUUUUACCCUUCUAUCCAGCUGCCUGCACACAUCCAGGAGUACCUCUGUGACUCCCCCGGCUCCGACAUGCCCAGUCUUCUCGCUGCUGUUUCAGAGGCGGAGCUGUGCUGUGGUAAGCUGACCAUCUGUCCUGAGGUGGUGCUACUGGAGAUACACGUCCCUCCUCCCCUCACAGCGCCCCCCUCAGAGCUGGAGCAGGACAGCGACAGGCACAUCUGCCAGGACAGCAGAGACUCUGGGAUCUGCUCUACAGAGGGAGGCUCCACCCAGCAGGGUUUAGUUGUGGGGAACCAAUCAGGACAGACCAGGAAGUGGAUUCCUGGCAGACACAGGCCAAGAUGGAGGAGAUGGGGUGAGACGUCAUAUCAUGAAAGUCCAAUAUUUUUGGUAACUUGUCUGUUGACAUGUUUAACAUUUUGGGACUAUCAAAUACCUAAAAAAAAUAUAUAAUGGAUUAUUUUAUUUAUGCAGCAGAUUGGCAUGUUAUUCAUGUGAUUCUGGUCUUUUAGUAUACCAGUACACUGUCAGUUGCCUGGGUUGGCCUGGGAAUCCCAUGUUGCUGUGUGUUUAAGGGUGUAGAAACAUGCAUAAAAAGUGUCAGAUUUGGUAUGGAGGCGCAUUGACUUUAAGAUGUCUAAAAGAGCGCAGUCCACCUUUCUUUUCUAUGACUUGUUCAGGGUCGUGUUGGUUCCAGACGUGGUGCACUGUGGUUGCUCGAGUCUUUCACAACGUCAGCAACGUGGGGACUUGCUCUUGACAACGCCUGGUAUAUUGGUCCUGGAUGGCAGGGAGCUCUGCCCGAGUGAUGGACUGGGCCGUACGCACCCUGCGUUGUAGCGCCUGGCGGUCGGGUGGCUUGUAGUUGCCUUUCCAAGCGGUAAUGCAGCCAAUCAAGAUUAUUUCGAUGGUGCAGCUGUAGAACAGCCUCCUGAGGUGUAGAGGUGCUGUCAUGCCCUCUUAUCAACUGUGAGUAUGGACCUUAAGUUCUUAGUGAUUUGGACACUGAGGAACUUGAAGCUCUCGACCUGCUUCACUACCGCCCCAUUGAUGUGGAUGGGGGCGUGUGUUCGCCCCUCCGUUUCCUCUAGUCCAUGAUCGGUGUCUUCCUGUGUCUUGCUGACGUUGAGGGAGAGGUUGUUGUCCCUACACUACACAACCAGGUUUCUGAACUCCGCCCUAUAGGCUGCCUCUUCGUCCUAAGUGAUAAGUCUUACCACCGUUGUGUCGUCAGCAAACUUGGUGUUAGACUCGUGCGCGGCCAUGCAGUCAUGGGUGAACAGGGAAUACAGGAGGGGACUAAGCACACAGCCCUGCGGGGCCCCUGUGUUGAUGGUCAGUGUGGUGGAAGUGUUGUUGCCUACCCUCACCACCUGGGGGCGGCCCAUCAGAAAGUCCAGGAUCCAGUUGCAGAGGGAGGUGUUCAAACCCAGGGUCCUGAGCUUGGUGGUCAGCUUGGAAGGGACUAUGGUUUUGAUUGCUGAGCGUAGUCAAUGAAUAGCAUUCUUAAAUAGGUACUCCUUUUGUCCAGGUGAGUGAGGGCAGUAUGGAGUGCAAUAGAGAUUGCGUCAUCUGUUGGGGUGGAAUGCAAAAUGGAGUGUGUCCAGGGUGUCUGGGAUGAUGGUGUGAACCAUGACCAACCUUUCAAAGCAUUUCAUGGCUAUAGAUGUGAGUGCUCCGGGGUAAUUUGCCAGCUAGCCAGUGCAAACUCUGAGGAUGUGGCCUGGUAUUCCAUCUGGCCCAGCGGCCUUGUGAAUGUUAACCUGUUUGAAGGUCUUACAUUUACUACGGAGAGCAGGAUCAUACAUUAGUACUGAACAACUGGGGCUCUCAUGCAUGGUUCUGUGUUGCUUACCUCAAAGCGAGCAUAAAGGCAUUUAGCUCCUUUGGUAAGCUUAUGUCGCUGGGCAUGUCGCGGCUGGGUGGAUUACAAAGGGUGUGCAAAUUUUUAAAAAACUUUUUUUAAAAACUUUGAAAAACGUUAAUUAGUUUGUUCUUUAUGGAAUCUGAAAUCAAGGAAAGUGUCAUGUUUUCUUAUUAUUUGACUUAAUCUUUGUUUUGAAAGGUGCUUUGGUCCAACUGUUACUGGUUGGACCCCUGGGUCUUAAACAAGAACUGAAUCCCUGAAGGUCUAUGUUUAUUGAUGUCUCUCUUUCUGAUGGUUUGUUUUCUGAGGUGAAACUCCCUGUGGAACAAAUUCAUCUUAGAGGUUUUGCACUAUUCAUACCAAAUUUUUGUCAAAGUUAAAUUAUCAGCAUCAUCUGGGAUAAAAAGUGACAUAAAACAAAAUGCAUCCAACAAAACCAUACAUUACAUCUGUCAAAGCCUCAAACACAGCCAAUGCAAAUGUUUGUCUAUGCUUUAUCAUACCUAGCUGACAUCUGACGUAGCAUUAUAGUUACAUACUGUAGGUUUAAAAAGUAGUCCUGGUGAGUCUUGUGCACAAACAAUUGUCGCAUUUUACAGUAACACACCUACUCAUUCAAGUUUUUUAUUUUAUUUUCACUGUUUUCUACAUUGUAGAAUAAUAGUAAAGACAUAGACUAUGAAAUAACACAUAUGGAAUCAUGUAGUAACCAAAAAAGUGUUAAACACAUAAAAAUAUAUUUUAGAUUCUUCAAAGUAGCCACCCUUUGCCUUGAUGCCAGGUCAUCUGAUGCAGCAUUCCAUCACUCUCCUUCUUCAUCAAAUAGCUCUUACACAGCCUGGAGGUGUGUUUUUUUUGGGGGUCAUUGUCCUGUUGAAAAACAAAUGAUAGUCCCACUAAGUGCAAACCAGAUGGGAUGGCGUUUCGCUGCAGAAUGCUGUGGUAGCCAUGCUGGUUAAGUAUGCCUUGAAUUCUAGGACAUAUUUCCACCAGUCUAAUGUCCAUUGCCUGUGUUUCUUCACGUCUCUUCUUAUUAUUGGUGCCUGUGUUUCUUCACGUCUCUUCUUCUUAUUGGUGUCCUUUAGUAAUGGUUUCUUUGCAGAAAUUUGACCAUGAAGGCCUGAUUCAUGCAGUCUCCUCUGAAAAGUUGAUCUUGAGAUGUCUGUUACUUGAACUCUGAAGCAUUUAUUUGGGCUGCAAUCUGAGGUACAAUUAACUCUAAUUAAUUUAUCCUCUGGGUCUUCCUUUCCUGUGACGGCCCUCAUGAGAGCCAGUUUAAUCAUAGCGCUUGAGGCAUCUCUAGAACAGAACGAGGCAUCUCUAGAACAGAACGAGGCAUCUCUAGAACAGAACGAGGCAUCUCUAGAACAGAACGAGGCAUCUCUAGAACAGAACGAGGCAUCUCUAGAACAGAACGAGGCAUCUCUAGAACAGAACGAGGCAUCUCUAGAACAGAACGAGGCAUCUCUAGAACAGAACGAGGCAUCUCUAGAACAGAACGAGGCAUCUCUAGAACAGAACAAGGCAUGUCUCUCUCACGUCCUGCUCUACAAGUCGGUACUGAUCUGGAUUCUCUCACGUCCUGCUCUACAUGUCGGUACCAGUCUGGUUUCGGCAAGAGAGCUGCGAGUGGUUCAUAUGUCUAGUUUUGACUAUAAAUCAACCACAGGAAUGUUGAUGCUAUUCAUUUCACACACCUUCCACAACAGCUUUCUCGUGUGUUGAAGUGUACUACCGUUCCAGGCAGACUAAAAAGUCUCAGUUUCUUAUGUUGGUGUAAUGUUUUAGUUGUCCUCCACGUUUGCUUAUUACUGCACUAUAGCAUCCAACAUUCCUGUGAUGCUGAAGUACAAUGUGAAACGUGACAUGAUUCUGGUCUUGUGUUUCUCAGCGUCUGCUACGCUGCCCAGACCUCACAACGUGACCGUGCAGUGAACACUCCAUACAUCCUGAGAUUGGACCGCUCCCUGACAUCCAGGACAUCGAUACAAGGCGGCGUUAGAGGAAGAGGCCCUAAACAUUUUAAAAGACUCCAGCCACACCUGUCAUAUAUGGCACGGCACGUGGUACCGGAGCGCCAAGUCUGGGACCAAAAUGGCUCCUGUAAAGUUUUUACCCCCAAGCCAUAAGACUGCUGAACUGUUCAUCAAAUGGCGACCCGGACUAUUUACAUUGACCCGCUUGUUAUUUUGUUUUGCGAUAAUUCUCAUGCGCUGACCCUAUUCACACUCACUGGACUUUACCCACUCACACAUACUGCGCUGACCCUAUUCACACUCACUGGACUUUACCCACUCACACAUACUGCGCUGACCCUAUUCACACUCACUGGACUUUACCCACUCACACAUACACACACACUCUACCCACGCUCACAUACACACACUCUACCCACGCUCACAUACACACACACUCUACCCACACUCUACCCACGCUCACAUACACACACACUCUACCCACGCUCACAUACACACACACUCUACCCACGCUCACACACACACACACACACACACACACACACACACACACACCACACACGGGACUGUAAAGAGUACAUGUUUAUUUGAGGUAAACGUAGGAGAGGAGCGACUUCUCUGGGGAGAUGGACAACUCUGGCUCAUACAGUACGUACUGAGAUUGAGGGCAAGGGUCAGAUGUCUAACUGGUCCUGGCUGAAGAUCUAUCCUUAUCAACACGGUGAGGCCAACAGUGUCCGUUACCUGGACAAUCACACUGUGGCUGUGUCCAAGCUUUUGUUUCAGCCCAGCUCCAACACACCUGAUUCUAAUAACUGUGGUCUAAAAUAAAGACUGUUUGUUGAUCAUUUGAAUCAGGUGUGUAAGUGCUGGGCUGGAACAAAGCUAGCCGACAGUACAGACUAAAAACGGAGCAUGCUCACAACUGCCAUAUGUUGUUCAGAAGGCUGGGGUGUAACCAUGACAGCAGAUUGUGUUCCUGUAUUACAGUGGCCCUAAAAUCGUACAUUUGGACAGAUUUCCACCAGUCUAAUGUCCAUUGCCUGUGUUUCUUGGCCCAAGCAAGUCUCUUCUUCUUAUUGGUGUCCUUUAGUAGUGGUUUCUUCGCAGCAUUUCGACCAUGAAUGUCUGAUUCACGCAGUCUCCUCUGAACAGUUGAUGUUGAGAUGUGACUGUUACUUGAACUCUGUGAAGCAUUUUUUGGUGCUGCAAUCUGAGCGUAUCCUCUGCAGCAGAGGUAACUCUGGGUCUGCCUUUCCUGUGUGGUCCUUGUGAGAGCCAGUUUCAUCAUAGCUCUUGAUGGUUUUGCGACUGCACUUGAAGAAACUUUCAAAGUUCUUGAAAUGUUCCGCAUUGACUGACCUUCAUGUCUUAAAGUAAUGGUGGACUGUCAUUUCUCUUUGAUUAUUUGAACUGUUCUUGACAUAAUAUGGACUUGGUAUUUUACCAAAUAGGGCAACCUUCUGUAUUCCACCCCUACCUUGUCACAACACAACUGAUUUGCUCAAACGCUUUAAGAAGGAAAGAAAUUCCACAUUCCAGGUGACUACCUCAUGAAGCUGGUUGAGAGAAUGCCAAGAGUGUGCAAAGCUGUCAUCAAAGCAAAGGGUGGCUACUUCGAAGAAUCUCUCAUAUAUAAAAUACAUUUUGAUUUGUUUAAUACUUUUUUUUGGUUACAACAUGAUUCCAUAUGUUUUAUUUCAAAGUUGUGAUGUCUUCGCUAUUAUUCUACCAUGUAAAAAAAAAAAUAGAGAAAAACCCUUGAAUUGAGUAGAUGUCAUCUUCUGACUGCUACUGUAUAUCGUUGGGCAUGCUGUACAAUACCGAACAUGCUGUAAACUAUUGGAGUUGAAUUCCUAUUAAAGAAAGUAUCUCUCAUCUCAUA